CAGUCAUACUCGGAGUGUCCGUGAAGAAGCCAAGAGGGGUUUCGAGGGGUUUGUCCGUCUUACUUGGUCUUGAUUGGCUGGAGGUCUGGAAAUUCAUGUCACUGACCAUCCUGUGGUCAUCCUUCUUCUUCUUCCCCUCCCUCGGACGCCCUGAAUCCGUCGCCUUCUUCUAUCCUCGACUUGCUUUUCUACCUUUACCUCGCAUCGAUCGGCUGUGAUAUUUUGGUCGAUCCCGGUUCAGAAUGGUCCACUGCUCUUAGCUCUUCUUCUCCACUUGCCAUGCCGUUUCCCCUGCGACCUCGACUCCUCUUAUAUAUCUAAAGCUUUCGCUAUCUGCAGGCGGCCGAUCAGUUCAUUUCUUCCAAAUUUUCGUCACCAUCGCUUCUUUCGCUGGUCGAAAGACUCCCACCAUCACUCCCCAUCUGCAUCCAUCUCGAUCGCAAUGGGAAGACUAAUCAAGAAUCACUGGGGACGUUUAAUCAUUCUCACUGCUGCAGCCUACCAAAUCGGAAGCGCAAUCGAAGGCUUCAUCUGGCCAAAAGUCUUCUGGGACUUUAUGUCCAAGAACCUAAAUGGCGCCGUCGCACCAGUCCCCGUCCUCCAGAUCCUCAACCUGAUUAUGGGCCUUCUCGGUCUGGCAUGGGAAUGGCCGCUCAAGCCAUUCGCGGGAUCAGGUCCCCAUCGCAGCAUCGAGUUUCGUCUGAUAUUAUACCCACUCAGCGCUUUGCUUGCUGCGCUGCUUUACCAAGGAACCGAUCCGGCUAUCUACUACCUUGUCGGGGUUGCGGUGUACUUUUGGGCUUAUAGUGAGGGCGAGGUUGUAUGUCCUGAACCAUGGACCCUCCCCAAGCGAACAAAAAUCAUCAGAGCAUAGCAUGCAGCUCAUGCUAUCCUGCUAUCAAAAUCUACACUGUACAAAAUAACGACUUACGAAACGACGACUACGAUACCAACGCACACUUAAUAUAAUGACUGACUCGAUAUCACUGGAUCUUUCCCGGUUCAUCGCUUACGAUGAACACUUGUCCUUGGAUAAAUAACUCUCUAUAUUGACUGGCUCAAGAGAUGUUUGGCGCUGGGGAUAUAUUCAUCCAAGACAAAUUUAUGUAUUAUAGUCCCGUACUAGAAUUCAAAUACAUGAAAGUGCAAUUCACUAGUUACCA